AUGUCUUCCAGGGAUCGCCGGUCAGAUGUUUAUAUCAAGGCAGAACCGAGCAGUCCAGAGGGAGGUGGUGGAGGUCGGACCAGCCCUGGGGGAGCGUCCUCAGACUCCUCUCAAAGUGGAGGUGGAGAAACCAGAGGAGACGGUGCUAAACGCUAUUCGCCACCGCUUUAUACACCAGCCUUGCGUUGCCACUUCAAAGACGAGAGCGGAGACGGAGCCGACGAGGGAUCAACUGGAAACGGAGCCGGGCGGUGCAAGUAUGCCCUGAGCACGUUACCCAAGAGGCUGUGUUUGGUCUGUGGGGAUGUGGCUUCAGGCUACCACUAUGGCGUGGCUUCAUGUGAAGCCUGCAAAGCGUUCUUCAAGAGGACCAUCCAAGGUAAUAUUGAAUAUAGCUGUCCUGCAUCAAAUGAGUGCGAGAUCACCAAAAGGCGCAGAAAGGCUUGCCAGGCAUGUCGCUUCACCAAGUGCCUCAAAGUGGGCAUGUUGAAAGAGGGUGUUCGUCUUGACCGGGUCCGAGGUGGGCGACAGAAGUACAAAAGACGCCCUGAAGUUGAGAAUGCAACAUACCAGAGUGUCCCCCUAUCACUGACUAAGGAAAACGAAAAGGGUUCCUGCAACAUCAUCGUGUCUCACCUGCUAGUUGCAGAGCCAGAAAAGUUAUUUGCAAUGCCAGACCCCCUCCAGCCCGACACAGCCCAGCGCACACUUACAACCCUUUGUGACCUUGCUGACCGUGAGCUGGUUGUCAUCAUUGGCUGGGCCAAACACAUUCCAGGCUUCUUGUCUCUGUCGCUAGCAGACCAGAUGUCUGUGCUACAGUCCGUUUGGCUUGAGGUGCUGGUGCUGGGUGUAGCGUACCGUUCGCUUGGCUGUGAAGACGAAGUCGUCUUCGCUGAGGAUUUUGUCCUUGAUGAAGAAAUGUCUCGUGUUGCUGGCCUAACGGAGCUAAAUGCAGCAAUCAGUCAACUAGCCCGACGUUUCCGUGCCCUGAAUGUGGACCGAGAAGAGUUUGUCAUGCUGAAAGCCAUCGCGCUGACUAACUCAGAUUCCGUUUACAUAGAGGACAUGGAAGCAGUGCAGAAGCUACGGGACCUCCUUCACCAGGCUUUACUGGAGCUGGAGUGUCAGCGACGCCACGACGAUCCCCAGCGAGCCGGUCGUCUCCUUUUAACGCUGCCACUUCUCCGACAGACCGCCGGUCGGGCUCUGACUACUUUCUACAGCAUCAAGACCCGUGGUGGUAUACCCAUGCACAAACUAUUCUUGGAGAUGCUGGAAGCUAUGAUGGACUCUCCCUAG